CACGAGAUAUGAAGGAAUGCCGUUUUGUUCCCAUACCCCGUGGCUGCGUCAUUCUCCGGCUCUCCUCUUCCGCGCUCCGAUAACACGGCUCUCUUACUACGGCUGCAACGCCUUCUCCUCCACGGCUUCUCGCGCUAUAGCUCAAACAUACUAUGACAUACUCGGUGUGCCAGUCACUGCAACGACAGAUGAGAUCAAAAAAAAGUUCUACGCUCUGUCCCUAGCCCAUCAUCCAGAUAGAAAUAAGGAACCAGGAGCAGCAGAUAAAUUCUCCUCUAUAUCAUCGGCCUACCAUGUCCUCUCUAAUCCCAAGAAGCGCGCUCGAUAUGACCGAGAGAACAGCAUUCGUAUUCCUUCUGCUUCCAGUACAACCACUCGGCCCGGAACGGGUAGUUUCUCAUCUGCCUCAACGUCAGCAGGGGGGUCACAGUUUGGCUCUCGCCCUGCAUCAGGGCUAAGUAAGCGUCGGGGAACUUUUAAGGGGCCUCCCCCUAGCUUUUAUGCGAAUGGUGGGUACGGGACGACCCAGAGACAGUCGCAUGAGCACCAGGCUGGGCCGCACAAGCAGGAACAUCCUGAGUAUUAUCAUUCUGAUGUUCCGCAUUUUGAUGCCAGAUCUCAUCGGCGGACUCAGUCGCAUGAGGAUAUGAGACGGCGAGCGAGGCGGGCUAGGAGCGUGGAAGAGCAGAAGAGACGAGCGGCGGAGGGACAUUCGUUUGAAAGUGGAUACGAUGAGGGAAGCAUGACGAUGAGGUUUUUGGUUAUAUCGGGGAUUCUGGCUGUGGCCAUGCUGAGUGCGGGCCUUGGAAGGAUGAGGAUGAAAGAACCUGGUUUGCAGGAGCUGUCCGCGAGACAGAAAGAAUCUCAACCAAAGUAGUAUGGAAGUGAUAUGUAUGACGGGUUGACUGUUUAAUAAUGCCACCAGACCGGACGAUAACGGGGAUGUAUAUAAAUGGUAUUAGACAGGACAAAACUUUAACCAAAAACGUAAUAAAUACGUCGAGUUCAUCGCAAAGUCAUAUGCA